AUGGCUCCUCUGCUAGAAACGGAGAUGUCGCGUAUAUAUGAAAGAAGUUCAAAUGAAAACGAAGAGUUAAAAGCGCCACAUGUCUCAGAAAAAAGAGAAUGGGAUAUUGUUUGGAGAAAUGUCAUUAUUUUCAUAUCUCUGCAUUUGGGAGCGAUCUAUGGUACUUUCCUGCUUUUUACACAAGCAAAGUGGGCUACUCGUAUUUUCGCAAUCACGGUUGGCAUGGCUUCCGGACUUGGCAUCACAGCAGGUGCUCAUCGGCUUUGGUCACACAAGUCAUACAAGGCUAAACUACCGUUGCGUAUUCUUUUAGUUGUUUUCAACACUAUUGCUUUUCAGGACUCAAUAAUACACUGGGCACGGGAUCACCGCGUACACCACAAGUACAGUGACACCGAUGCUGACCCUCACAACGCAACACGAGGUUUCUUCUUCUCCCACAUCGGCUGGUUGCUUUUGAGGAAACAUCCCGAGAUCAAAGCGAAGGGACAAUCCAUUGAUAUGAGUGACCUAUGGGCUGAUCCGUUACUACGAUUCCAGAAAAAAUAUUCUUACUACCUGAUUCUCAUUUUGCUGGCGAGCUUCAUUCUACCAACAUAUAUACCAACGUUAUGGGGAGAGUCAUUAAAGAAUGCCUUUUUUGUCAGUGCCAUCUUUCGUUACGUCACCGUUCUAAAUACCACGUGGCUGAUUAAUUCCGCUGCUCACAUGUGGGGUACCAAACCCUACAACAAACACAUCCACCCAGUGGAGUCUAAGCCGGUGUCAUUUGUGACACUUGGAGAAGGAUUCCACAAUUACCACCACGCGUUUCCAUGGGACAGCAAGGCCUCUGAAUUAGGGAAUUAUGUGUUCAGUUUCACGAAUAUAUUCUUAGACGCCAUGGCUAAAAUUGGAUGGGGUUACGAUUUCAGAACGGCCCCUCGUGUUUUGGUUUUUAAAACGGUUCAAAAGUUGGGAGAUGGUUCGCACCCUGACUUUUAG